AAGUUUCAUUAAUAAUAAUCCUCAGUCGAUGAUUCCAAAUAUUUGAGUUGAAAAACUGUGUGGCGAAAAGAGAGAAAAUUAUGGACGAAAAAGUAGUCCAAUUAUCAGUGAGAGACACAAAAAGUGAACUGGUGCAAUUUUUUUUUGGAAUCUGUGCCUCAGUAUCAGCAAUCGUAUGUGGUGCCUAUCAAGCCUGGCCAUCUCCAGCAGUAAAUCAUUUGAAAACCAGAGAUUCAGAUUUCCGAGUGACAGACAAUGAUGGAUCAUGGAUAGUCGCAUUAUACUACGCCGGCGAUUUAGUCGGAAGUUUGCUAAACUUUACUUUAAUCGACCGGAUUGGUCGAAAAUACACAUUGCUAGCAUUCACCCUUCCAGAGCUAAUAGGGUGGAUAUUGAUAAUCUAUGCCAAAAAUCCUGUAUACUUCUACAUCGCCAGGUUCCUCGGUGGAGUUGGAGAAGGCGGCAUCUAUUCCACUUUAAUUAUUUAUUUGAGUGAAAUAGCAGACAAAAGCGUCAGAGGUAUUCUCGUUAACAUAAUGGUCAUAGCCAACUAUAUUGGUGUCUUCGUCUUCACAGCAAUUGCAGCCUACUGGUCCUUCGAAAUUUUGAACCUCAUGUCACUUUCCGUAACUAUCCUCUCUCUAUUAAUCUUCAUAAUUUUACCCGAAACACCACAUUAUUAUCUGAUGAAAGGUCGAGACGUCGAUGCUAUGGAGUGCCUAAAAAAAUUGAGAGGAAACGCCAAACAAGAGAUCCUAACUUUGGAUAUGGAAACAAUGAAGCUGGCAAUAGCAGAGGAUCAGAAAGCGAUUGCUGCCGGAUUUUGGAGAGUGGUGACCAGAAAAAGUAACAGAAAAGGUCUCUGGAUAAUUUUAGUACUUGAGGGAACUGAACAUUUAUCGGGAAGAUAUGCUACAGUUUCAUAUGCGCAGGAAAUUUUUCAUCUGAGUCCCUUGCCACUGGAACCUGGAAUUCAAGUGAUGAUCAGAAAUGGGAUACAAUUCAUAGCCUGUAUAUUAGCUACGGGAAUCAUCGACAGAUUCAACAGAAAAGCUUUAUUUCUGACAACUGCGAUUUUGGAUGGGAUUUGUCUCGCAACAGUGGCUCUAUUCUUUUUUUUAAAGAUGUAUCUUUUAGUGGAUGUUACAUCUGCUGCUUGGGUGCCAUUAGUAGCAUUGACUAGUUAUGAUGUGAUUGGAUCUUUUGGUGUUAGUCCAUUGCCUUAUAUAAUUAUAGGAGAACUUUUUCCAAUUAGUAUUAAGGGACCUAUGGUGGCAAGUGGGAUGAUUAUAGGCCCUGGUUUUAGCUUUAUAACUUCAUUUUUGUAUGAGCCAGUGACAAACAGUUGUGGUAUUUACACGACUUUUUUCAUGUACUCAAUAUUGAUAAUUACUGGUGCUGUUACUAUUUAUUGGAUAAUGCCUGAAACUAGAGGAAGGACUUUAGAGGAAAUUCAGGCAAUACAGAAUCCAUUGUUAAGGUCAAAAAUUGAGAUGCGGGGUGUUGUUGAUAGUAAGGGAGUAAAUAGUAGUGAAAUAAAGACUUUUAUAGAUAGUGAAACCAAAAUUUUUCCUAAAAAGGGAGAUACGAAUGACUGGUGAUAAUAAGUGAUAGGAUUUAAAUAUUUAAUUAGAUAACGAAAUAGAUGUUUCAGUUUACAGUAUUUUAAAUUGGAAAAUCAGUAGAUACUAUCUGAGGAUAAUUUCUUCCAGAUCUGAUAGUGUAUGGAAAGAAAUAAUUGUAUGGAAUAUCAUAUCAUGUUAGAAUCAGAAUAUCUGCCAACGCCAUGUUUACAUUUUAUAUUUAACAUUUUAUAUUUUACAUAUAUAUUUUUAAUCUUCGGGAAAAAUAUUUAUUAUAAAUACACGUACAAAGCAUUUA